AUGAAGUUAGUUGUAUGUGUUAUCAUCGACAAAGAAGUCGAUGCUUUACUUCUUGUUGAACAAAACCUUGGCCGUGGUUAUUGGUUUCCAUUUGACGAAAUCAAACAGGGUGAAACACGAGCUCUUGCAGCUAAACGAAUAACUAGCAGAUUAUGUCCGUAUGAUUUUGAACUUGUCAAUGUACUUAAGAUUCGUUGUAGUGAUUUAUUACCAUGUUUACCCAGUACACAAACAUAUUAUCUCAUCACCAAGGGGCGACUGGCACGUGCCAAUGGUACUAACUUAGUGAAUUCAAUUUGGAUGAAUUUUGAACGAAUGAAAACAGCUAUUAAAAAUCGAGAAUUACUUGGGCUUGAACCAUAUUAUUUGUUAAAGAAUAUUCUAGAUCGUCAACAACUCAAUGGUUGGGAUGACUUUAUAUCCGGUGGACAAAUAUUCGAAGAAUCAAUACUUCAAUUUAUUGAUUGUAAACAACCUGAUCCAAAUAAUCAAUUAAUUGCAUCACCACAAGAACAACUAAUGGGUUCAGCCAAAUUUAAUACAAAAUUACAAGAACGUAUUUUUAAAGAAUUUUAUUCAUAUACAUUUCCUAGUGAAUACAUGAGCUUUCAAGCAUUUGUUGAAGCAAUGGAUAAUAAAUUAUCCACAGCAGAAAAAACAAAAAUACAAGCUUAUUUUCGUGCUUUUGAUGCUCAACAAAAAUCUUAUUUAACUUAUUCGGAUUAUUUACUUGGAGCUCCUGCCGAACAACGUUGUCGAUAUAUAUUUCGUUUUUAUAAUGUAAAAAAUAAUGGAAAUAUGUCCAUAGAAGAAUUUCGAGAGCUUCAUAGUGACGUUCAAAAUCUCAAAGCUGGCAAAGCAAAUAAUGAUGCUCCGCCAUACAGUGAAGUUGUAUCUGCUUUUAAUUCUUUUAACGUUCAAGUUAAUAAUCUAUUACAAUUAACUGAUUUUUUAAAUUCUGUUGGUCAAUUGAAAUAUCGUGGAACAUCUGUCCUUUUUCGACUUAGUACAAAUGUGCAAGAUUUAUUACGAAUGUGCAAACGAUAUAAAGAUCUGAAAACAGAUAAUCUUAAUGAUCGAGCUCAGACAAAUAUAAAUUAUGAAAUAGCGGAUCAUUGUGUAACAUUAAAAAAAUCCGGUACACUUUCACAAGUCGAAUCAUUACGUUCAAUGAAUCGUAGUGAUCAAUUAAGUACAACAACAGAAAAUGCAUUAAAAAAUUUACCUCGAUCACCAUCAGAAGAAAUAUUUGAUCGAAGAACAGUAGCAACAGAUACUCAAGAUUUAUUACGUUUUUUUGAAAAACGUGAUCAAACAAAAGAUGCUUUAAUGUGGACACCGAGUACAUUUAUAAAUCUGGCAAAAAAUGUUGUUAGUUUAUGUAGAGAAGUCAGAGACAUAUUUCGACGUGAACCACGUUGUCUUAAGUUAGCAUCACCAUGUUAUGUACUUGGUGAUAUACAUGGAAAUUAUCAAGAUUUAGUUUGUUUUGAAAAGUCUCUAUGGCGUGCAACACCACUUUUAUCGCCAGCAUCAUUUCUUUUUCUUGGUGAUUAUGUUGAUCGUGGCAUUCAUGGACUUGAAGUUAUUAUUUAUUUAUUCGCGGCAAAAUAUCAAUGUCCGAAAAAAGUUUUACUUCUUCGUGGAAAUCAUGAAAUAAGAAAAGUUCAACAAAUGUUUAGUUUUUACAAAGAAUGCCUCGGAAAAUUUGGUGAUAUACUUGGUAAAGAAGUAUGGGAUGCAAUAAAUGGAGUUUUUGAUGUAUUACCACUUGCUGCAGUAAUUGAUGAUAAAAUUCUCUGUUUGCAUGGUGGUAUUCCAAGUCCUACAUCAUGUCCAGGUGAUUUUGUUUCCACUGUUAAUGAUAUUAUUGUACCAUUGAGUGAUCCAGAAAAUGAAUCACCUUUAGCAUGGGAAAUCAUGUGGAACGAUCCAUUUUCAAUUGAUACAAAUACGGUUGCUCAACUACCCAUUGGUGCUAAUGGUGGUUUUUUUAAUAAUACACGAAGAAGUACUGGAAAUUAUUUCACAUGUGAAGCACUUAUGACUUUUCUUGAUAAGAAUAAUUUUACACAUGUUAUACGUGCUCAUGAAGUACAACAAGUUGGCUUCAAGGUACAAUUAAGUGGCCGUCUAUUAACUGUUUUUUCAUCAUCUCACUAUUGUGGUGGAACAAAUGAAGCCGCAACUGUACUUGUUGAUUCAGCAAAAUUACGAUUGAUCAGACUUGAUACAGCAUAA